AUGGAGAACACUCAAGAUUUUUCGCCGCCGCACAUCGACGCUUCUCGGCCGUCACUAGGAUUUCCUCUAGGCACGGCUCUGCUUCUCAUAAUCAUUUUCAGUCUCUCCGGAAUAUUCUCUUGUUGUUACCAUUGGGACAAACAUCGCUCUCUCCGCCGUUCUUUAGCCAAUGCCUCCGGUCAUCCCUCCGCCGUCUCCUCCGACAUUGAGUCUUCUCCGUUUAAACCUAAACCCCCUUUUCCGGAUUUGAAGAAAAAUCAGAAUCUGAGUGUUCCGGUUUUGAUGCCUGGAGAUAAUACACCGAAAUUUAUAGCAUUGCCGUGUCCGUGUGCACCUCCUCGACCGGAGAAGAUCGCCGUCGAUGUUCAAGGUCCGCCGCAAUCGCCGCCGGUUAAGCCGCCGCGUUUUCCUGUUCCUCUGUAUUAG